AUGGCAGCUCACAAACGUUUACAAAAAGAAAUCACCGAUAUGCUCAAAACUCCACCAUCAUGGUGUUCAGCUCAUCUUGUAGAUGAUAAUUUACAAAAAUGGAAAGCAACUGUUCAAGGACCAGAAGGAUCUCCAUUCGAAAAAGGUGUAUUUAGUAUGGAUAUUGAUAUUCCAGCUGAUUAUCCAUUCAAACCACCAACAUUAAAAUUUACAACUAAAAUCUAUCAUCCAAAUAUUAAAACAUCUGAUGGAGCAAUUUGUGCAGAAGUAUUCUCAACAUGGAGUCCUCAAUUAAAGAUUCUUGAUGUUCUUACAACAAUUCGUUCAAUUCUUACUGAUCCAAACCCAGAUAAUCCUUUGGAAACUGAAAUCGCUCAACAAUUCAAAACUGAUAGAAAUGCAUUCAAUAAAACCGCCAAAGAAUGGACUAAAAAAUAUGCCAAGUAA